AUGUCCAUGAGGAGCCCCGUUUCUCCCCACCUGGAGCUCGAUGGAGCGGGCAGCAUGGUGAACUGCACCAUCAAGACGGAGGAGAAGAAGGAAGGCAGCUAUGAGUCCCCACCAGGGGCUGCCCCCAGCACCGAACCCCGUCCCAACGACCCGCCGGGACCACCGCCGAGGGAAGGCACCGACCCCCAGGCCCUGCCGCAGGAGUCCCACUCGCCUGCGGGCGACGCGCUGGAGCCCAGGCGCUCUGCCUUUGAGCCAGCUGUCAGCGGCCAGGAGAAGCUGGACUUCAACAGGAAUUUGAAGGAGGUGAUGCCAACCAUUGAGAAGUUACUGUCUAGUGACUGGAAGGAGCGGCUGCUGGGCCGAACAACUGCUGAGUCCAAGGAAGUGAAAGGAACCCAGGAGAGCCUGGCAGAGAAGGAGCUCCAGUUACUUGUCAUGAUCAACCAGCUGUCCACGCUGCGGGACCAGCUCCUGACGGCCCACUCGGAGCAGAAGAACAUGGCCGCGAUGCUCUUCGAGAAGCAGCAGCAGCAGAUGGAGCUGGCGCGGCAGCAGCAAGAGCAGAUCGCCAAGCAGCAGCAGCAGCUCAUCCAGCAGCAGCACAAAAUCAACCUGCUGCAGCAACAGAUCCAGGUGAACAUGCCCUACGUCAUGAUUCCCGCCUUCACCCCCAGCCACCAGCCUCUCCCCGUCACUCCCGACUCCCAGUUAGCGCUGCCCAUCCAGCCCAUCCCCUGCAAACCAGUGGAUUACCCGGUGCAGCUGCUGCACAGCCCCCCUCCGCCCACGCUGAAGAGACCCGCCGGCUCGGGCCACCUCCAGAUGCAGGAGACCUCGCAGCCGCUGAACCUGACAGCCAAACCCAAAGGUUCCGACCUCCCCAGUGCCUCCAGCUCACCCAGUUUGAAGAUGAGCAGCUGCCAGUCCCUCACGCCAAGUCACGGGGCCACCAGGGACCUGCAGACCAGCCCAUCCAACCUGCCUCUGGGGUUCCUGGGCGAAGGCGAUGCCAUCACCAAAGCCAUCCAGGAUGCGCGGCAGCUGCUGCAUGGCCACAGCGGAGCCAUGGAGGGAUCGCUGAGCAACCCCUACCGCAAGGACCACGUCGGGAUUGAUUCUUCCCCGGUGAAGGAGCGGAUGGAGGAGACCCCUGCCCACCGGCUGGACGAGGCUCUGUUGACCUGUGAGAUGGAUGGCUCACGGCACUUCCCCGAGUCCAGGAACAACAACCACAUCAAGCGGCCCAUGAACGCUUUCAUGGUGUGGGCGAAGGACGAGAGGAGGAAGAUUUUGCAGGCCUUCCCGGACAUGCACAACUCCAGCAUCAGCAAGAUCCUGGGGACAGCACAGAGGGAGCAAACCAGGUGCCAGGCCAAGCAGCAGUAG